UUCUGUGUUCAAACUCGGGUUCCAAAGCUUUGCUCCUAUAAUAAAUACUCGUAGGGGUACACAGAUUGACACACUGCGCAAGCACGAGAAAUGCGCAGGAAAAGAUACUUCAAAAACAUAAGCAACUAAAGGGCUCUGCUUCUUCGCUCCAAAUUCUCCCUCCUUAAUUCCACUUUAUUAGGGGGUGAGGGUUGAAUGGACCAGUAAGCUUUGUUCAGGCUAUUGAGUCUUCGGGUUUUGGGUUUUUGUGUUUCUCGUUGACUGGUGUGACUCUAUGCAGUAUGAGAAGGUUGAGAAGAUCGGAGAAGGGACUUAUGGAGUGGUUUAUAAGGCUCGCGAUCGUGUGACCAAUGAGACUAUCGCGCUAAAAAAGAUCAGACUUGAGCAGGAGGAUGAGGGCGUUCCUAGCACAGCAAUCAGAGAGAUAUCUCUCCUGAAGGAAAUGCAGCAUGGAAAUAUAGUGAGAUUGCAAGAUGUAGUGCACAGUGAGAAGCGAUUAUAUCUGGUUUUUGAGUAUCUGGAUCUGGACUUGAAAAAGCAUAUGGAUUCUUCUCCGGAUUUUUCCAAGGAUCUACGCGUAAUAAAAAUGUUUUUGUAUCAGAUUCUUCGUGGGAUUGCAUACUGCCAUUCUCAUAGGGUUCUUCACCGUGAUCUAAAACCUCAAAAUUUGCUAAUAGAUCGUAGUACCAAUGCAUUGAAGCUUGCAGACUUUGGAUUGGCUAGAGCAAUUGGUAUUCCAGUCCGGACGUUUACUCAUGAGGUGGUAACACUGUGGUACAGGGCCCCUGAGAUUCUCCUUGGUUCACGGCAUUACUCAACCCCUGUUGAUGUAUGGUCAGUGGGGUGUAUCUUUGCUGAGAUGGUAAAUCAGCGUCCAUUGUUUCCUGGUGACUCGGAGAUUGAUGAACUGUUUAAGAUAUUCAGGAUCCUAGGCACUCCAAACGAAGAAACUUGGCCAGGUGUGAAUUCUUUGCCAGACUUCAAGUCAUCCUUUCCAAAGUGGCCCCCGAAGGGCCUUGCAAGUGUUGUUCCAAAUCUUGAACCAACGGGGAUCGAUCUUCUUUCGAAAAUGCUGUACUUGGAACCAAGUAGAAGGAUCACAGCUCGGAGUGCCCUUGAGCAUGAAUACUUCAAGGAUGUGGAAUUUGUGCCUUGACUGCCUUUUUCGUGUAUAUAGUUUGGUUCAAACAAGAUGGACAGUGGUGUGGGUUUGAAAUCUGUAAAAGUUGGUUAUGUGGAACCCAUGUGAGUGAUUGUUUUUCUUCUUUUUGUGUCAAGGUUUUGCUUUUGUGGUGUGUUAUUGGAUCAAAUUCUAGAACGAUGAUUGGGUUUGCCUUGAUUUUUAAUGUUUACGACAAGUAUUCUUUCACGCCUGUA